AUUAAACUUAUUUUAGACAAUUACUCGAAAAAGAAAAGUUUGGGACUGAUUACAUCUGGACAUUUUAAAAAAAUUCUCAAUUUAGAAAAGAAUAAGACUCCAAAAAUACAAUUACAAUUUAACUCUACUACAAAUCUGCCAGAUGUACAAAGUAAUAUAGAAAUAGAUUAUACUGUUAUAGAUACUCAAUCGCUAUCAUUUCCAAAUAUUGUUUCGUGUGAAGUGCAGAGUAGUUCAAAUUCACAUUUAUCAACCAUAAAUAGUAAUUCGAGUCUUAAGAUAUCUUAUGAUACUCAUUUACCACAUUUAAAACAAAAGACCAAUAUUUCUGUUAAAGAUAAACUGAGACAAUGGGUUAUAAAACAUAAAAUCUCUCAUAAUGCUACUAACUCUCUUCUUGGUAUUUUAAAAUGUGAAGGCUUGAAUGUUCCAAUAGACGUGCGUACUUUAAUGAAAACACCUACAAAACCACAGGAAGUAAUUAUAAUGGGCCAUGGAUCAUAUUAUAUUCAUUGUGGUAUAAAAAAUAUGUUAGUUCCAAUCCUGAAAAAAUAUUUUAAUAUGAUUAAUUGUGAAGAAGAUUUAAAGUUAGGUAUUAAUGUAGAUGGUCUUCCUAUUUCAAAUAGCUCUAAAAGUCAACUUUGGCCUAUUUUAAUAUCACUUAUUAAUUGUCAACCAAUAAAUAAAUAUGUGCUUCCAGUAGAAAUUUUUCAUGGAUCAACAAAACCAACAUCUAUCCAUGAAUUCUUUCAGCCAUUUGUAGACGAUCUUUGUGAAAUAUUACAAAAUGGUAUUUCUGUAAAUAAUAGAUUAUUUAAAUUUAAGGUAGGACACAUAAUCUGUGAUACUCCUGCUAAAAAUUGUUUGUUGAAUGUAAGAGCUUAUUUUGGGUGUUCGUCUUGUACUCAAGAAGGUGAAUACAUUCAACAUAGAAUGACCUUUCCUGAAAUCGACGCUCCUCUCAGAACAAAUGACUCAUUUCGCAAUAAAGUUCACGAGGAAUACCAUAAGGGUGACAAUCCUCUUGAAUUUUUACCUAUAGAUAUUGUUAAUGAUGUAUGCCUUGAUUAUAUGCACCUUUUAUGUAUAGGAAUUAUAAAACGUCUAAUUACUUUUUGGGUUAAAGGGAAGAAAGAUGUUAGACUUACUGAAGAAGAUACGUUAAGUGUAUCAAAAAAUAUUUUAGCUCUUAGACCUUAUGUACCUUCAGAAUUUAGCCGCAAACCACGAGUAUUAGAAGAUAUAAACUACUGGAAAGCUACAGAGUUAAGAAAUAUAAUUAUUAUUUUAGAAUCGACCAAAGUUAACGUGUUGCAGCAACGUCCAGAAUGUUCCACCUCAGUUUAUUCUAAUGAGAAAUCAGGAUCGACAAAUGUUAAGGAUGUUAACAUAUUUCAGCGUAAUCCAGAAUAUUCAGAAUUGUCAGUGUCUACUAAUGAGCAACCAAAAAAAACUGCACCUCACCCAGAUGAUCCAAUCAAUGCUUUACCAUCAAACCGUUUAGAAUUUCAAGCAAGAAUUACACGUGGACCUUUUCAACCUAAUUUUGAUACUUUUCCGAGAACACAGUGUGGAAACUAUUCUCGCAGCUUUCAUAAAAAAUAUUAUAGUGAAUUUAAGUGGUUGGAGUAUAGUCCAACUACUGAUUCUGCCUUUUGCUUUGCAUGCAGAUGUUUUUCUUCAAGUAAUCUAAAUGUAGGACAAAAAGAAACGGCAUUUACUACAAAAGGGUUCAAUACAUGGAAGAAUAUCAGCGAAUCGUUAAAAAAACACCAAAAAUCAAAAUCUCAUUUUCAUAGUUUCACAUCACUUUCUAAUUUUCUUAUUAAAAAGCCAAUUGAUGUCAUUUUAGAUGAAACCAAAGAAAAAGCUCUGAGUAAAAGACAAAUUGAAAGACAAGGAAAUAGAAGUGUAAUACAUAGACUCAUAGAUAUUACUAUACUUUUAGCAAAGACAGGAAAGCCAUUUAGGGCCCAAACAGACGACCGGAUUUUGCCGGCCGGAGGCGGCGUUUCUGCCGUCCGAUCGAUUAUACCACCAGUGUCCACCGGCCGGCGAAUUAAUAGACGACAAAGUGGACUUCGCCGUAAAAUCGUGUUGAGCCAUCUAUACCAGGACCUGCUCACUACAAAUUUGGUGUCAGGUGUGGGGUCUUCACAUCAAACGAAAUAUAUUUGGCCGUUUUCAACCAGAAAACACGUCCAAGUCAGUAGUUUGAGACCCUUGAACGAACCACUGUUCCGAAUCGACUUCAAGGAGCAUUCUAAGAGCAUUCAACCAGCAUUCAAAGAGCAUUCAACCAGCAUUCAAAGGGCAUUCAAAGAGCAUUCAACCAGCAUUCAAAGAGCAUUCUAA